AUGCAGGCUUCGGAGGCAAUGUCGCCAGCUGCACAAGGCGACUCAGAUACGCUUCAGCGACUCAUCGGAGGCUACCUUGCCUUGGUUCACAGCGCGCCGCAUCCUAAUGACGGGCUCGCACGCGAACUCGAGGCGUACAACGACGUCAAAUCCUACCUCGUUGCCCUGGGACAGCAAUUAGCCCAAGAUGGCAGCCUUCGCACAGACUUCGCCGGGUCAGAAGCACUUGUCUCGCUGAUCGAAUGCAUUGGCACGCUGCAUGCUACCUUCGAACAAGUGCAAUCCUCACGGCCAAACUCGCAAAUGGAAGACUUCGAUCCUCUACAAGCGCAACCGGCCUCGACCGAAGCCAAGGAGCAGAGUGCAGAUCCAUACUAUCGCGUAUCGCACAUCGCUACGCUCUGUCUCAGAGCCCUGCGCAAUGCUUUGGCUGGAUGUGCCGAGGCGCAAUCGAUCUUGUGCAGUCGUUUCGACACGGUUGCGCCUCUGUUGACCAAUCUGACUCGCUUCCACACCCUCAACGAUCCAGACACGCUCUUGCUAGCACGCGCGGCCAUCCAGAUGCUAUCCAACCUCAUCACGGCGAACGAAGGUGUGCAGCAGCUGAUGUGGCCCCGCAUCGUCAUGACCUCUCAGCCGGAGCACAAGCUUGCCCUCAACUUCCUCUCGUCCCCCGACACGGCAACGCAGAGCGCUGCGCAGAUCCUCCUCAUCAACUUCAUCCGCGCGCCCAACGGCAGCGCAGAUGCGCGCCGUCGCUGUAUGGAGCUCUGCACGCUUCCCGAGGGCCUCAGCAUCGUUGAAACGCUCCUGUCUGCUUCCGAGAGCAUCAUGCUCCGCACCGCGUCCGCUAAAACAAGCGAGUCCAUCGACGAAUACGAUCCCGAGGUCGAGACGGAAGGACUCGAGGAAUCGCUCGGCUUCAUCUACACCAUCUUUUCGAUCCUCUUCGAGACAGGACACAGCUCGAUGCUUUUCGCUGCUCUUUCUCCCCUCGACGAGAUCUCUUCGGCUUCGAAUGGCUUGGUGCCGUCCGAACCGGUCGUCAUCUCGAGCUCGCAGCUCAUCCUGCUCAAGCUUCUUGACAGCUGGUUGCAUUCGAGCCAACAGCAAGCAGCGACCUCCAUCGACUCGUCUUCCGCGCCUGGCCCGAGUCGCGCUGGCGGCCCAAUGAUGGCACACAUCGCGCUGGGGACUGUACCCUCCAACGCAAUGGACGUCGUCGGAGGUGCUGGAUUGCUGGGACUGCUCGAUGCAUUUGCGCAGCUUUCCAGCUUCGCUCGCAACGCCAUGGCAAGAGGCACAGUCAAGGACGGCGCCGACGCCGACGCGCAGCCUCAGGACCGAAGGCUGAUCGGCGUCCACCACGCUUUGUUGCUCGUGCUGCAGUGCCUCCUCUCCGUUAGUAUGACUGCCGACGGAUGGAGCGAUGCGAGCUUCUCGCCCGAAGGUGCGGUGACCCAGGGAGAUUUGAGCUUCUCUGCGCUCUCGGUCGGGAUGCUCUCGAGCAUGCGCAGCAACACGGCGUUUGUUGAUGAGCUCGUUGCGUUGCUCGAUCAGACGCAUCAGUACGCCCCUGCACUCUCGCCUUUCAGGCCGACGAAGCCAGCCGAAGGGUCGCAACCAAGCGGCGAUGCGUAUGCCGAUCGCCCCUUGCCCGAAGGGCACGCACUGUCUUCCACAGGUCUGGCAGGUCGCAAUGCAGAGGCCAAGCAAGCAGGCUAUGGCUUUGACCACCUCAAGCGCGAUAUUGUUCGCGUGCUUGGCUCGCUGGUAUAUGCGCCAACGCAGACAGCCGUCAGCGCCUCGGCAUCCGAGCACACCAAGACCCAGAUCCGGCAAGUGCAAGACCAGGUUCGGGAGAAAGGCGGCCUGUUUCACGUGCUCAACAUGACGGUGCUCGACGAAAGGAAUCCCUACAUGCGCGAGCACGCCAUCUUUGCACUUCGGUAUCUGCUUGCCAACAACCUCGAGUCUCAGAAGCUGGUAGGCUCGCUCCAGCCUGCACAGCCGCAGGACGGUCCGGGUGGAGUCCAAUUGCCUAUGGUGUAG